UGCAAAUUAUAGGGUAGCGCAUAAGUCUGCCACUAUAAAUACAUAAUACCAGCAAACCGAUCAAAUAUUUCAAAAAACUUUGAAACUUUGCGGAAAACGACGGAAUUUCAACAAAGGAAAAUGUUAUUUCCAAAACCAACUGGGUGGAUAUUCUUCACACUUUCCUGGCAGAUGUUACAAGGAGCCGACUAUGAAUUUACACCAGACGAUGAUCAAAUAUUUACCGCCUGUCCUGAUAAGCCCGGCACCAAUGGAAUCCUAGAUAUUGUUGAUAUAUCCGAAAUAAUUUUGGAAUAUAAUGACGGUGUUGUUCGCGUUGAGGGUAAUAUGACCUUUAUAUGGAAAGAUGUAAAACCUACCGAUCGCAUGGAGGUAAUUGGAGAGAUGUUGAAAUUUCAACGCGGAUCCUGGCAGCCAACCAUUCUCACAAUGCGUCUCAGAGACUUUUGUCGUGUCCAAUAUGAUCCACUUGCUCCGUGGUAUGCCGUGUGGAGUGUUAAUGUUCCCGAAAAUGAGCGAAAAUGUAUAAACAAUGUUGGGCACACUAUUCAUUAUCGUCCCUAUAAUGUGAAUACUACUGUAAAAUAUUUUAUAAACUUGGAGGGACGCCAUAAAAUCGUGGUCAACAUCUAUGCCUAUGACGAAAAUGGUAGGAAACGUCCGAAAUCGUAUUGUUUCGAAGUGAUUGGGGUAUUUGCAAAAGUUAGAUAACAAAGAA